CUCCAAAUUUGUCAACACUAAAAAAGAGAUUUUAAAAAGUGACUGUUAAUUUAAUUUCUUAUUGUGAGUUAAUUAUCAUGGAUUUGCCAUCGGAUGAUAAAAAUUCACAAGAACAAUCCAGUGAACAAUUAACUGAUGGAAAAAAAGAUUUCAUCGGUAAACUGUUAAAUCUAAUUGACCAAAGAGAUUUAAAUGAAAUCAAUCGUGUACAAAGACAUCAAUUGGCGAGAUUUGAAAAGACAAACGAAAUGCUGGUUAAUUGUAAUGCCCUUUCAGCGGCUCGUUACGAGAUGGCAAUGAAAGAGAUUCGCAGAUUUGGUCGUGUAUUGAAACAAAUGAGAGAGGAUUUAGAUUAUAUUCAUCAAAGAACUAAAUUUAUUAAUCAGAAAUACUAUCAACAACAUCCGGACGCUUUUAAAUCUCUAAAGAACAAAGGAAAUGUACUGGAAGAAGCUGAAGACGAGGAAUCGUAACUAUUAAUAAAAGUGAACCAAAUUAAAGCAAAUUAAUACAAUAAAAGGAUACGUCUAAUUGUGGAAAUGGUUAAUUAACAGGCGAUGAAUUGGACGCAGUAAGCGGAUGGUCUUAAUUGUUAAUAAUUGAUGUGCAUGUUGAUUUGUUACGAUAUAGAAUAAUUAUAAUAUUAAUUUUCACAAGGAAAUGAUGAUGAGAUGAUGAUUAUCCUCCAAGGAAUUUCAUAUGAGGUAUUGGGUGGAUGGCCUAUUGUCACCUUGAUUAACGGUAAAAUUUGGGCGAGUGAUGGAAUAAAUCAUUUCAAUUGGUGUUUUGAUGCUUUGCGA